GCCAUGGCUUCCCUUGGCCUGUUCUUCCUUGCGCUCUUCUUGCUUGCCAUCUCAUGGCUAUGGGACUACAUUGUUUUGCGCCACAUAUGGAGACCUUACAUGGCAGCCAAGAAGCUCAGGGAGCAAGGAAUCCAUGGACCACGCUACAAGUUCUUGCAAGGCUGCAAUGAGGAUGUGAAGAGAAUGAAGGCUGCUGCAGAUGGCCUGGUGCUAGAUGUUCAUGACCACAAUUACCUCCCAAGGGUCAUGCCACAGUAUCUCACAUGGAGAUCUCAAUAUGGAGAGCCAUUUGUAUACUGGUUUGGGGCGAAGCCGCGCAUGUGCAUCUUCAACUACGAGUGGGCAAGGCAGAUUCUUUCCAGCAAGUCUGGACACUUUGUGAAGAACGACACUCACCCAACGGUGUUGGCGUUGCUUGGCAAGGGGUUAGUGCUGGUGGAAGGCACUGAUUGGGUGCGCCAUCGCCGGGUAAUCAACCCUGCUUUCACCAUGGAUAAGAUCAAGAUGAUGACAAAAACAAUGGUAGCUUGUGCUCAAAACAUGAUGAAGGAAUUGGAAGGUCAAGCAUCCAGAAACAAGAAUGGAGAAGCUCAAGUGGAACUGACCAAACGAUUCCAAGAGUUAACAGCAGACAUCAUAUCUCAUACGGCCUUUGGAAGCAGCUACAAGUUAGGAAUAGAAGCGUUUCAUGCACAGAGAGAGCUCCAGGAAAUUGCUGCAAAAACUCUCCUGAAUGUGCAGAUACCAGGAUUCAACUACCUUCCUACAAAAGGGAACAGGAGGAAGUGGAUGCUUGAAAAGAAGCUCAGGAGCACCCUCAUGCAGAUCAUACAAUCAAGAUUAUCAUCAGGAAAAAGUGGAUAUGGAAAUGAUCUCCUUGGUUUGAUGCUUGAGGCUUGCACUGGCACAGAUCAAGGAAAGGAGCAGCAACACCAGCUCUGCUUAAGCAUUGAUGAGAUCAUACAUGAAUGCAAGACCUUCUUCUUUGCUGGCCAUGAAACCACCUCACUUCUUCUUACCUGGACAGUGUUCUUGCUCAGUGUAUAUCCAGAAUGGCAGGCAAGGCUUCGGCUGGAGGUUUUGAGGGAACGUGGAGAGGAAAAUCCCAAUGGUGACAGCCUCAGCAAACUGAAAGAGAUGUCAAUGGUAUUCCUUGAGACCCUAAGGCUCUAUGGCCCUGCUCUUUUCUUUCAGAGGAAACCCUUAACAGAUAUCACACUAGGAGAAACAAAAAUUCCCAAGGGCCAUGCAAUUAUCAUACCUUCAGCAAUUAUGCACCGAGACAAGGCGGUUUGGGGUGAUGAUGCAGAUGAAUUCAAUCCAUUGAGAUUUGGGAAUGGGGUCACAAGGGCAGCAAAGGUUCCACAUGCCCUACUUGCAUUCUCAAUAGGGCCAAGGUCUUGCAUUGGCCAGAACUUUGCCAUGCUGGAAGCCAAGUCAGUUAUGGCUAUGGUCCUCAAGAAGUUCUCCUUCACGCUCUCCCCUACCUAUGUCCAUGCACCUGUGGACCUGUUAACUCUUCAGCCUAAGUUUGGUCUACCGGUUGUUCUAAGGCCAUUGGAUGCGUGAAGUUAGAUAAUCUACAUAUAACAAAAAAAAUAAGAGAGUGAACUUUUUUACCAUCCCUAAAAAAGUACCUCGAGUUCUCGAGAUACCAUAUUUUUCAAUGUAAAUGUUUAUGAGAUACCAUGUUAUCUUUAAGGUACCAAAAUUUUAAACUAAAAUUUUUAGUACCUCAAGAUACUUCUCAAAUCUCAAGGACGGUAAAAAAACCAUAAGAGAAUUUGUAUGUCUGAUAAUUGCCUUUAUAGUGAAUUCUUACAAUGGAUGUAUCCUUACAAAACUAAAUCUCUAUCUAUAUCUCUACCUAUUAUUGUAAAAAAUUAAAGUUGUUUUACGUGCUCAUCCCUUUCGUCCAU